AUGCUCUCCGCGCCCUCUCCGUUCCCGCUCUACCUCCUCCCCUCCAUCCCCUUCCGCCGGCGGCGUUCCAGCACCGAGACCACCAACACCGUCAACUCGGACAUCUCCACCACCUCUUCCUCUCCGCCCGCCGGCGCGGCGGCGGCCGCCGCCGCCCCGGCCCCAACCAACUACCUGCGCGGCAACCGCUCGCACCUGCGCUGCACCCGCUGCCUGACGGACCUCUGCCUGACGUCGCAAAUCAUCAGCAAGGGCUUCACCGGGCGGCACGGGCGCGCCUACCUCGUCGCCCCGCCGCGGCCCUACCCGGACGGCACCACCACGACGACGUCGGCCGGCGACAGCGCCGUCUCGCACCGCGACAACAACCUGCCCAACACGUUCGCGCACAAGCCCGUGCCGCGCCAGCUCGUCACGGGCGCCCACACCGUGUCCGACAUCAGCUGCGCCCUGUGCGGCGCCGUGCUGGGCUGGAAGUACGUCGCCGCCGACGAGGACAGCCAGAAGUACAAGGUCGGCAAGUUCAUCCUCGAGACCAAGCGCGUGUGCCGCGGCGUGUGCUGGGAGAACGAGGACGCUGACGGCGGCGCCGCCGCCGGUGAUGCGGCGUCGUCGUCUUCGACUGCCGCCAAGGGGGCCGCCGCCGCGGCCGUGGGCGAUGCGAGCAGCGAGGGCGAGGACGUCGAGUUCGACAGCCAGAACGAGGAUGAGUGCGAGGAUUUGUUCGCCGGUGUGUGGAGCCCGGCUCUGGCGAAGCGGAGGCGGAGGGGCCGCGCUUGGAGAGAGGGAAGGAACGGCGCUGGUGGUGUAGAAGAGGUCUGA